AUGUCGGACCUCGCUUCCACCUGCAAGGAUAAACUUGCGUAUUUUAGAAUAAAGGAGCUCAAGGAUAUCUUAAAUCAGCUGGGGUUACCGAAGCAAGGAAAGAAGCAGGACCUUGUUGACAGGGUAUUGGCAAUAUUAUCAGACGAGCAAGGUCAACGCCAUCAUGGAUGGGGAAGGAGAAAUGCUCCUACAAGGGAGGCGGUGGCAAAAGUUGUUGAUGACACAUACAGGAAAAUGCAAGGAUGUGCUCCUGACCUUCCCUCCAGGAGCCACAGUGGAUCAGAUUUCAAUCAUUUCAGGCCCAAAGAGGAAUCUUCUGACUUCUACCAUGUAGAGGCUAAGGUCCGCUGCCUUUGCAAUAGCACAAUGCUAAAUGACAAUAUGAUCAAGUGCGAAGAUGGCAAAUGCCAGGUUUGGCAGCAUAUUACCUGCGUACUCAUUCCAGAUAAGCCCACGGAGGGUGCUGGCCCUGAUAUUCCACCUCAUUUUUAUUGUGAAUUGUGCCGACUGAGCCGGGCAGACCCGUUUUGGGUGACUACAGGAAAUCCAUUACUACCUGUGAAAUUUAUGUCAUCUGGUGUUGGAAAUGAUGGAGCAAGUGUACCUCAAAUUGUGGAGAAGACCUUCCAACUUUCCCGAGCAGAUAGAGAAACAGUCCAGAGACCAGAAUGUGAUCUCCAGGUUUGGUGCAUUCUUAUAAAUGACAAAGUCCAGUUCAGGAUGCAAUGGCCUCAAUAUGCAGAAUUGCAAGUGAAUGGUAUUCCUGUACGAGUAAUGACCAGGCCCGGUUCUCAGUUACUAGGGAUAAAUGGACGGGAUGAUGGACCACUGGUAACCACAUGCAGUAGAGAAGGGAUCAAUAAAAUUAGCUUAUCAAGAGUUGAUGCCCGAACCUUUUGCUUUGGAGUUCGAAUUGUUAGGAGGAGGACUGUUCCUCAGGUAUUAAACUUGAUCCCAAAGGAAGGUGAAGGGGAGUCUUUUGAGGAUGCUCUUGCUCGUGUCCGUCGCUGUCUUGGAGGUGGAGGUGCUACAGACAAUGCUGAUAGUGAUAGCGAUCUGGAAGUGGUUACUGAAUCUGUUACAGUCAACCUUCGUUGCCCUAAUAGUGGAUCCAGAAUGAGGAUUGCUGGAAGGUUCAAGCCUUGUGUUCACAUGGGCUGUUUUGAUCUUGAAACUUUUGUGGAAUUGAAUCAACGCUCACGCAAGUGGCAAUGCCCAAUAUGUUUAAAGAAUUACUCUCUCGAGAACUUGAUGAUCGAUGCUUAUUUCAAUCGGAUUACUUCUUUGUUGCACAAUUGCAGUGAAGAUGUUAAUGAGCUUGAUGUUAAACCAGAUGGGUCAUGGCGUGUGAAGGGUGAUGCCGCUACCAGAGAUCUAUCUCAGUGGCAUAUGCCUGAUGGUACUCUUUGUGACUCAAAGGAAGAUACAAACCCUGGUGUCACAAGUGUUAAUGAGUUCAAGAGAGAGGGUACUUCUGAUGGACAUAGAACUUUGAAAAUUAAAAAAAAACCUAAUGGAUCAUGGCAGGUUAGCAGUAAAGCAGAUGAUAAAAAACCUGUGGUUAGACAUCACAUCCAAAACAUCAAUGGGUUCUCAACACCAAACAUGCCUAUUAUCAGUAGCCCCACUGGGAGUUACCGAGAUGGCGAAGAUGCAAGUGUGAACCAAGAAGGGGGUGGUAUUCAAUUUGAUAUAGCAUUGAACCAAGAGUUUGACAGUUUUGCACAUAAUUUUGGUCAGACAGACAAUACAGAGGAUAGACAACAACAGCCACAACAUAAUGCUGCUGAUGUCAUUGUUCUUAGUGAUUCUGAUGAAGAAAAUGACCCGAUUGUUCGCCCGCCACCUGUCUAUGCAAAUACUCCUACAAAUGGUGACAGUUUUCAUUUCGUCACUGAUGCUCCUGUAACUGGAUAUCCUGAAAGGUACCAGGAGGAUGCUAUUGCUGGCGUUGGUACAAGUGGCCUUGGUUUAUUGAGCAACAAUACUGGUGAUUUUGAAAUAAAUAACUGGCAAAUGCAUUCUUAUCCACAACCAGAGCAAGGGUUCCAGUUUUUUGGGACUGAUACUGAUGUUGGCAAUCCUUUUGUUGGUCCACAUAAUUCCUUUAAUAUUGCACCAGAAGACUACUCGCUUGACUGUAAUGUUGGCAUAGAGGAUCCCUCUGCAGCUCACGAUGUUUCAAUUUGCCGAAACAGUAAUGAUGUGCAUGGAAGCUUGGUUGAUAACCCAUUGGCUUUAGUAGGCGACGAUCCAUCUUUGCAAAUUUUUCUUCCAAGUCAACCUUCCACUGUUCCCCUUCAGGAAGAACUAAGUGAGCAUGUUAAUACUCCAAAUGGAGUCCACCCUGAUGAUUGGAGGAUAUCUCUUACGCUUGCGGCCGGUGGAGGGGGUAAUGAAGAGUCUACAAGUGUUGAUGGUCUAAAAUCACAGCCAAAAGUUCCAUCGAAAGAGGCAGGAGUCGAACCUUUACUUGAUGCUGCUUCUGCUCUCCCAAGCAUGAACAGAUGUAAUGGAUCUAAUCUAAAUCCAAGAAGGAUUGAAAAUAUAUUUUCUCAUCCUCGCCAACCGCGGUCUGUUAGGCCUCGUCUGUGUUGGUACAGGACAUUUUCUAACUGGGAGUGGUUUAAUGUGGCUAGUGGAGCAGGCUGUACAUUUUCCCUGACAUUUACUGGGUAUAAGGAAUAG